AUGUCUUCAGCCAGCUCCCAAUUGAGCAGCAGUGGUGUGGGAAGCCUUACGUCGUCAUCAGCAGCCUCCGCUGCCGCUGCCACUCCGGCCAAUGACACGGAAGCUAGCGCCGCCACGGCAGCUGAAGAAGCAGGACGUAUAGAGCCUCAAAACUCCUCCGGAUUUCUGCAUCCUUCGGCACUCGGUUGUCCCCAUCCCGAGAGGCUUUUCCCCUCGGGAACCAUUCCAGGGACGACUGAAUUCCACCCCUCCGGCUUCGACCCGACGACAUGCCCGACAAUGCGAGAGAGGCCUGGCUUUUGGACGCCGCACCCGAAUCCUCCGCAUUCCGUUGGACUACAGCCAUCCCCUCCGACACCGUUCAACCACAACUAUCUUUCCCACUCGCAGGCUUUCCCGAGUCACCAUGGCCCCUCUUUAGCGGCACCCACACCAACCACACCAACCACACCAGCCACACCAACCACACCAGCUCUGACAAGGCCUCGGUCCUCGCAGACCGGCAUGCUCUUGAGUCCAGCCACCCCAGCCACCCCAGCCACACCGAACACACCCACAGUGGCCACGAUCGGAAGCACUCCGUCCUCUCGGUUGCCCAGUCUCUACGCCACCUCACCGCAUCAGCUGAUGCGUCAGCCGACGCAGAUGCCAGUGCCUACGGAAACGGCGGCUGAGUACUAUCCAGCCUCGCGCCCCGCCGCCUCCAUUUCCGGAUGUUCCACCGGCCAACAGUCGUCCGCCUAUCCGUCGGUCGGAUUCGCGCCCAUCCCCACUCAUGCUGCCCACAAGGGCGUUCCGAGUAGCUCAAACCGCGCGGCGAUGCCAAGUUCCGAGUGGCACGAGACCGCCUACUCUACUCCCAUCACAGAGGCUUCUUCAUCUUCCUUUUCCUGUUCUUCCCCCUACUCUUGCCCCUGCUCCUGCUCCUGCUCCGGCCGGACUAGCGCUCCCUCUUCCGCAUGGGAUUACCACAGAACAGCGCGACCUCGUGAUUUCAUCCCCAUGUCCUGUCAGUCGGACCAGGAGCGCACGCAAUCCAUUGUACAGCCAGCCGACUCUGGUCGAGCCGAUGCCUUUUGUGCUGUCCCGACGCCGGCCUUUUCGCAGCCGCCUCCAGAAAGAAUGGUCCUCAAUCGACUGGACCAGCAGGUCUCCAGAGCAUCCUUCUUGACGGAUCCUCCUCACUUCGUCCACGUACAGCAUCUGCCCCAGCACCAUCCUCAUAUCGUACCCCAGGACCCUGUUCCUCAUCCUCAUCAUCACGAUCAUACUCCCUCGCAGCCGCAUCAUCAGCACACUCACCAGCAACGGCAGCAUCCAACAUCUCAUCAGGCCUGGCAUUUCGCCAACUGCCUGCGACCUCUCAACUCCGUCCAGUGGCCGAACAGCGCAUAUUAUCCGACCUCUGCGUCCGCUUGUUAUCUGAUCCCAGAGUCGCCGGCUCCGUUGGGUUGGACCGAAGAGCAGCCGACCUGCUAUUCCGAGGGUGAUGGUCGUUUCGCCUACACGAGCCGAUUUUCGCAGAGCUUGCCAGUUCGGGGGGUCGACUAUCAGGUUGCGUCGCCCCUGAACGACGGGGGACAGCCGGCCUUCCCACCGGCGAUAGAGGCAGUCGAGUCGGGACCAACAUCGGCCAACUCUGAACAUUCUUCUCUACUCCAACCAACAGGCUCCUUUCAUGGCCACUCCACGUCGUCAUUGGCAGCAGCGCCACCGCAACCGCAACCGCAACCAGAGGCUCAACAACGACAUCACCAGCAGUUGCGGGAGCCGCCAUCCAGGCCCCUGCAUGCCUCGAACUCGGUGCCAGUUUCUCCUUCGGUCUCGAUGCCCCUGACUACCGUUACAAUAGGCCCAUCGCCCACUGGGACCGGCCCAUCACUGCUGUCAAUCCUCGACGAGCUGCCUUCCUCGAUGCCCGCCACGAGUGAGGGUCUGAUCCCCAACCCACCGGGUUCCGUCGAGUCCGUCGUCGCCGCGGGCACUCAGUCUGUCUACCAUCACCCGACUCUCCAUCCGGCCACCACGGCAUCCUCUUGGCCGGAGGCCCAGUUGUCCUAUCCCCCGGUUGCCAGGCCCCACGAGCAGCAGACACCUACCGGACAGGCCUACGAAGACAGCAAUCUGGUCGUUUGCAUGAUGCCGCCAAUCGUGACGGACAAUAGUCUCUUCUACACCGCCUACAAUUAG